ACUGGGCAGAGCCGCCUUCGUUCGCUCCCUUUUGUCCAAGAUGGCAGCUGCCGCCGGAGGCGCCUCCUGAGCCGCGGGCCCCGGAGCCAUGAAGCGGGGGAGCGAGCGGGAGUCCAGCCCGGCCGGGUCGGGGGCAACGCGAAGCGCCUCCUCCGCCAAGAGGCCUCGGGAGCGCGAGCGCGAGAGCAGCACCGGUGGCGGGAGCAGCAGCGGAAGCCGGCGGGGCCCGCACCGGAGCUCGACCGCCUCCACCUCAUCGCGCAGCAACCGGGACAAGUCCGCGCCGGCCGGCUCCGGCUCACGCAGCCACCGCGGGGAGGAGCGGCCCGGAGGCGGCGGCGAUUCCAACCACCGCGUAGCCUCGUCCAGCGCCCGGAGCGGCAGCAGCAGCCAGGCCGCCGUGGCUGCGCCCCCGCCGUCCUCCUCGUCUUCGCGGGCCCUGGGGGUGGUCAAGGCCAAAGUGCCGCCGGCGGCGGUGGUAACCCCCUCCUUACUGCUGGGCGGACCCCCGCCGGUUGCCGCGCCGUCCUUGCUCUUGGCGCCCGCGCUGGGUUUGGCAGCUGGGGUGGGGCUGGCAGGAGAACCCCCCGGUUCCAGCGAGUACAAGACCCUCCUGGUGAGCGGCCUGAGCCUAGCUCUGCCUGAUCAACUGCUGGAGGACGGGCUCUUCCGCCAAUUCCAGAGGUUUGCCAGCGGUGGGGCCAGUGACAUUAGCGUCAAACUCUCCCAUACUCCUGAUCUCGGCCGUGUCGCUUAUGUCAACUUCAGGCACCCAGCAGAUGCCCGAGAUGCCCGGCGGCAUGCCAGAGCACGACAGCUUCUCCUCUACGAUCGCCCCCUGAAGGUGGAGCCUGUGUAUCUUCGAGGGGGACGACGAAGUCGCACACCCCCACCCACCCCAUCCCCUGAACCGUUGGCAUUUCUGCCCCCCAUCCAUGGUGUUUAUCCAUAUAAACAGCGAUCUCUUUCCCCUGUUGCUAACCCUUUGCUUAGGGAGCCUAGACCACGACAUGCUCAAGCUGCCGCUGCAGCCUUUGCCUUGGAGGCAGUUGCUCUGGGACUCUCUCGGGAGCGGGAGAGGGUGUUGGAUUACUACGGGCUGUAUGAUGAACGUGGCCGCCCCUAUGGCUACCCCAUAGUGGCUGAGGAGGAUCUCAUGCCAGAGGAUGAUCAGAGAGCCACCCGGAAUCUCUUCAUUGGUAAUCUUGACCACAAUGUUUCUGAAGCGGAACUGAGACGAGCUUUUGAAAAAUAUGGCAUGAUUGAGGAAGUGGUGAUCAAGCGUCCUGCACGGGGUCAAGGUGGAGCCUAUGCUUUCCUCAAGUUCCAGAACUUGGACAUGGCACAUCGGGCCAAGGUUGCCAUGUCUGGCCGGGUUGUUGGUAGGAACCCUAUCAAAAUUGGCUAUGGGAAAGUUAACCCCACUACCCGACUCUGGGUAGGUGGCCUUGGUCCUAGUACUUCCCUCGCUGCCCUUGCCCGGGAAUUUGACCGCUUUGGUAGCAUUAGGACUAUUGACUAUGUGAAGGGGGACAGUUUUGCCUAUAUUCAAUAUGAGAGUUUGGAUGCUGCCCAGGCUGCUUGUGCACAGAUGAGGGGUUUCCCUUUGGGUGGGCCAGACAGAAGGCUUCGAGUGGAUUUUGCCAAAGCUGAGGAAGCACGAUAUCCUCAGCAGUACCAGCCUGCCCCACUGCCUGUACACUAUGAAUUGCUUCCUGAAGGGUACAGCAGACACAGGAGUCUAGAGCAAGACUUACGGGUGAGAGAUAGGACUCCUCCUCACCUCCUCUACUCAGAUCGGGAAAGGAGCUUUUUAGAGGCAGAUUGGGCCAGCCCUGUGAAAAAUGCUGAGCGCAGAAAUAAUUUAGAGACAUAUAGCCGGUCAGCACGCAGCCGGAGUGGAGAACGUUGGGGUAGUGAUAGUGACCGUAGCGUGCUCAAGCCCUGGGAGGAAAGGCGUAAGCGCCGUAGCCUUUCCAAUGACCGUGGGAGGACUUCCCAUUCACCUUAUGAAGACAGAGGCAGGACAAAGGCUGGUGGGCCAACUUCAGAUCGCAGCCCAGACAGGGUUCGAAAAGAAAACCACACCACAGAGUCUGCUGCGGAGAAAGAACAGAACAAUUCUCUUCAGAACAACCAGCAUGCAUCAGAGGAGAAACCUCACCGUGAAACAUCUGAUCCUCCUCAGCCUAAAAAAAGGGACAGCGAACGCAAUCAUCGAACUGGUGAGUCUGAAUCAAAGACUCAUGAGGAGUCAAAAUCUGAAACAAAAAAAUUAAAAAGCUUGUCAGAUUAUGCCCAUACACUGCAGCUUGCCUGGAAUGGGCUACUUGUCCUGAAAAACAGCUGCUUCCCUACAUCUAUGCACAUCCUUGAAGGGGACCUGGGAGUCAUCAAUGGACUUCUGAAAGACCACUUGUCUGGUGGAAAGCUAACACAGCUCAAGAUUGCCCAGAGACUUCGGCUUGACCAGCCCAAGCUGGAUGAAGUGACUCGUCGUAUCAAGCAAGGAAGCCCUAAUGGUUAUGCUGUACUGCUGGCUACCCAGGCUGCCCAAGGAGGGGCAGGAGCCGAAGGGACCUUCUCUGCGGUGGAGCCUGGCUUGCAAAGACGGCUUCUCAGGAAUCUGGUCUCUUACUUGAAACAGAAACAGGCUGCUGGGGUGAUCAGCCUUCCUGUGGGAGGGACAAAGGGCAAAGACAGCACUGGCAUGCUUUAUGCUUUCCCUCCUUGUGAAUUCUCUCAGCAGUACCUUCAGUCUGCACUAAGAACAUUGGGAAAGUUAGAAGAAGAACAUAUGGUGAUAGUGAUAGUCAAAGACACUGCCUAGCAUUUACUCUCUCUCUAAUUCCAUGUUUUCUUUGUCUCUCACCCUGCCUGGUUGCUUUUAAGGCCAAUUAUUUUGAGUGGGGCCCAAAAAGACCCCCAAGAAAAUUCAAUUUUGUUAGUUUCUAAUUCAUUUUAAUACCAUUUUAAUGAAUCCCGUUUUGUUUUUAAUACGUGACACUGUCUGCUGUGCUCUUAUUUUUUAAGUGUAUGGGAAGUUGUCAGUAAAGCCUUGUUCACUGAUGGAUUUUUAACUUUGUUCAGUGUCCUGGUUUCUGUGGUCUGGCUUUGGCUGGUUCUGUGUUCCAGUAAGAUACAAGUGAAUGUUUCAGCCUAUUUUGAGUUCAUUACAACCCUUCCUUCUUCUGUUGUUUGAUAUUAUUAUACUGGUUUGUGCUCUUUUGAUUACUUUGAUAGUUGAAGCUAUGUUGCUUUCUUCCUCAUUGGUUAGUUAACUACCCAUCUAUCCUUUUCUGGACCAACUUUUUGUUGGUGGAGUUUUUGAAGUCUUUAUAACCAAAGAGCAGAAUAGUGAAGCUCAGUCAAAGCCCCCAACAAAUCUUGGUGCAAUAAAAGAGGGCAGGUACCCACCCCGCAGUAGUGUUCAUUUUUGGGUUGAUUGUAAUAUUGCAAAUUCAAAGCUGUUUUUUUACAUCCUAUUCAGUAAUAAUGUAGGCUUCUCAGACAGAUAACCAGGGUCUUGAGUGGGACCAGAUAGCAAAUUUAAAUGAUUCUGUUUAUCAAUUCCUUUAAAAUAAAUAGGAAAAAUGCUUUUUGGAUACAUGUACACUAAACUAUAGUAAGAUUUUUAAGUAGUUUCUCGCCAUAGUUAUGCAUAAUAGGUUAGACAAGUAGAUGUAGGAAUCUGCUAAAAGGAGAGGCACUCAUAUACCACUUAUUCUUCCUGACCCCCUUGGUUGGGAUGACCACAAGCUAAUGCAUGACCCUCCUUCAUGAAGUCCACCUCACAAUCUGUCAUUUCUUUUGAUUAGCCUGCCCUCCUAGAUACUUGUUGCACAGGGAAUUGUCUAAGGUACCAAAAAAGGUCAUUUUUGUGUACACCAGGAAACCAGCACAGGUUUGUAACUCAAGUACUUGAGGGUUGCAUGUUAAAAUAUACAUGGGGUUUUCCUGUGUACGAGAAGUAUCUUUUGUGAAUUAUUGUGGAUUGCAGAGAGAUUUCACCUGCUAUAAGAAGGGAUGGGUAUAGUAAACAAGCCACAUUCUGCACUACAGACCACACUAUCACUUGUGUCUAAAUUAUGCAAUUAAUAAAUUAUCUAAGCUUCCAUGAUUGUCUUAAGAAUUUGAAACUUCUUAUAAAAAGGGACUAAGAAAAAUUGGAUAGCUGGAUACUACAGAGCCACAAAACUAGUCAGAGUAUUAAAGUCCACAGGUCUGGUGUCUGAGAUUUCCGCACACAUAUUCACCAGGUUCUCCCUACAAUAAUUUAGAUUAAUAGUAUAAUUCAAAAAAACUUUGACUUAUAAUUCCAAUUAUAAUUAAAAAACAGGAUUUCAAGAUAACAAAUUCUCAUAUUUAUGGAAGAAAACUAUACAUAAUAUUCAUUAAAACGAGUCAAUUGGUGCUGUGUAGACCAACAAGAGAUCAUGAUUCAGAGUGCAAUUCAUCAGACUGUCUUACAAAAAUUUAUCCUGGCAUGAAUUGGGUUAGUCAUUAAGGUGCUGCUGGACUCCUGUUUUAUUUACUGCUACAGAUUUACCCUACUAAUCUUGAGUUAUUAUUCUCACUGUUAGUAAAUUGCUAUUCUGAAGAGGGAAUGUUGAAACAGUGUUUAAACCAUUGUUUAUGCACCUGUCUAACAUGCUUGAUCCACAGGUGUAGCACCUUUGGCUGGAACCCCUUAGCCCUGGCUCCACUUUUAACUGUGUUAGGGUUGGUUUUAUGUGCUUAUUGCAAGACCCUGAAGCAAAUCCAAAUGGGACACUGCCACACUUCAUAUUUUCAGCCAAAAUCCAUGUCAAAAGAAGCUAUAAUAAACUACAGAUUCCAAUGAG